GUCGGUCUCUGCGUGCAGCCGAACGCGCAGAGUUUAACGGCUCGCUCACUCUUCAGGCGGCUCGUCAGAGGCAGAGAGGGACAUUUGUGGACACUUGACAGCUUUCAGAGACUGCUAUGACAUCUCGCAGGUGGUUCCACCCCAACAUCACCGGAAUCGAGGCAGAGCAGCUCCUGUUGACACGGGGCGUCCACGGCAGUUUCCUGGCCCGGCCGAGCAAGAGCAAUCCGGGGGAUUUCACCCUCUCGGUCAGACGCGACGAUGAGGUGACCCACAUAAAGAUCCAGAACUCGGGCGACUACUACGACCUGUACGGAGGCGAGAAGUUUGCCACGCUGGCCGAGCUGGUGCAGUAUUACACGGAGCAGCAGGAUCUCUUACGUGAGAGGAACGGCCAUGUCAUCGAACUCAAGUACCCACUUAACUGCCAGGACCCGACGUCUGAGAGGUGGUAUCAUGGGCACCUGUCUGGGCGAGAUGCGGAAAAACUACUCACGGACAAAGGCAAGGCCGGAAGCUUCCUGGUCCGGGAGAGCCAGAGUAAACCGGGCGACUUUGUUCUGUCAGUUCUCACCAAUGAGGAGAAACACGAGAACGUGGACCGCAAGACCAAGGUCACCCACGUCAUGAUCCGCUACCAGCAGGACGGUAAAUACGACGUGGGCGGCGGCGAGCGGUUCGACACGCUGGCCGACCUGGUGGAUCACUACAAGAAGAACCCCAUGGUGGAGAAAAGUGGCAUCGUAGUGCACCUCAAGCAGCCCUUCAACGCCACCAGGAUAAAUGCAGCCAACAUUGAGAACCGGGUACGAGAGCUCAACAAAGUAGCAGACAACUCUGAAAAACCCAAACAAGGAUUCUGGGAGGAAUUUGAGGUACUUCAGCAGCAGGAGUGCAAACUGCUGUAUCCCCGGAAAGAAGGCCAGAAGCCAGAAAACAAGAGUAAAAACAGAUACAAGAACAUCCUCCCCUUCGACACAACUCGGGUGGAACUCCAGGAGAUAGAUCCAGAUGUUCCUGGUUCGGACUACAUCAAUGCCAACUGCAUCAGAAGUAUGCAUGAAGAAGGACGCCAUGUGGAUGAGGGCAAAAUUUUCAUCGCCACCCAAGGGUGCCUACAGAAUACGGUGGUUGACUUCUGGAAGAUGGUGUAUCAGGAGAAUACACAUGUCAUCGUCAUGACUACGAAGGAGAUGGAGCGAGGGCGGAACAAAUGUGUCCGUUACUGGCCCGAUUUGCACGGCAGUAAGGAAUUCGGGAAGGUGCUGGUGAGGAACGUGGACGAGCGGCCUGCACAAGACUACAUCCUGAGGAAGCUGGAGGUUACCCGUCUGGACCGGAAGGCGCCUGUGAGGUACAUCUGGCACUACCAGUACCUGAGUUGGCCGGACCACGGGGUGCCCAAUGAGCCCGGCGGCGUCCUCUGGUUCCUGGAGGAGGUCAACCGCACCCAGAGCAGCGUUCCAGACACUGGACCCAUCGUCGUCCACUGCAGUGCAGGAAUCGGCAGGACAGGCACCAUCAUCGUCAUUGACAUCCUAAUUGACGUUAUUAACCGCCAAGGUCUAGAUUGUGACAUCGACAUCCCUAAAACCAUCCAGCGGGUUAGGCAGCAGAGGUCGGGCAUGGUGCAGACCGAGGCCCAAUAUAAGUUCAUCUACAUGGCGGUGCAGCAGUACAUAGACACGGCUCAGAAGAGACUGGAGGAGGAGCAGAGGAAUAAGAUGAAGGAGAGGGAAUACUCCAACAUCAAAUAUCCCCAGAUGACCAACUCGAGGUCCAAGUCCAUGGCAUCAUCACGCUCUUCUUCUGUGAUGACAAAUGAGGAUUCAUCGAGUGUGUACGAGAACAUAAACUUUAAAAGCCCUCAGACGUCUUUUAGCAGUAACACCAGGAGAUAAAUUGACGUUGACCUCCACAUCAGUUUGUCUGCCUCGCUUUCCAGCGGAGACGUCGCUUCAUCGGCGCCUGAAAAUCCCACGAGGGAGUGUGUUGCUCUGACCAUGCCCCACAUCAGUGGACCCUGCCUGGGCUGAAGGUGGUCCGCUGACCCCUCCCUCCUGCUGCCGUCCUGCUGGACCUCUCUAUCUGGAGUCAAACCGUACCCUCUCGGUAGAGAGGAGGACUCUACAGCAUAGUGCUCUCGCUCAGGACCUUUGUCCCCCACUCCUCAUUCCCCUUCCCUCUCUUCACCAACGCAAGUGCCUUGUCACACCAUGUGUCUGUAAUCUAGACCCCCCCCCCCCCCCAACCUGCUGUUACAUCUCUGCUGUCACUUCUUUUCCAAAUCCUGGGAAUCCAGUUUAACAUGAGAAACCAGAGGGAUUUGGAACAUGGAUGAACUGAACAAAACUUUGCAGGACCCGGUAAACCUUUUCGUCUGCCUGAGGUCUCUGUUUGCCCCCCUGUUCCUCUGUCUGUGCUGGCUUUCAUUUGAACUCCAAACCCGAAGACUGUUUUUGCGGCAUUCUAGCUCUCCAGCUGUGGCGGUUAUUAAUGUAGCUGCUGAGUGAUGGCGAGGGCAGUUAUGUAAUCUGCCACAGGACCCGAGGCUCAGGAAAGGCCAAGCGAGCCCUCUUCAAACGAAUCGAAUCGAUGAUCAUUUCAAGUGAACAGGUAGUUUCUUAUAAUAUAUUUUUUGCGACUGAUUGUUAAAGUGUUUUGUUGCAGAACGUGAGGCUGUGUUUGGUUUUUGGGACAUAAUCAGUCCUGUCUGUCAUUUGAUCUCCAGCUGGUCUCCCUUUUUAAGUGCAAACUCAUUCAUGAAAAUGUUAAUUGGCUUGUUUUUAUAAUUUCUUGUGGUUUUAAUUGAUACUUGCUAUCAUGGCUGUGUUGAGAUGUAUAGUCAAGUUGACGUUUGACUGGAAGCAGGUGGAGAGGACUCCUGCAUUGAUGUGUGGAGUUUAGGAUGGCUUACUUCCUUAAUCAGCAGGUCUGAUGCAGUUCAACAUCUGUCGCAGGGGAUCGUCACGAGGGGACAAGGGGAAGGGGCGAUUACAGUGGGCCAGAUGGCCAUCUGCCCGAGAUUGAAGAAUAGAUUUGACUCCAAAAAGUAAUUUAGAAGAUGGCCAUAAUCCAGGCUUGAUGAUCGCUGGGCGAGUAAACCAACGUCACUGCUGCGAUAACGAGGGCGUCGGUGCUGUGGAGCACUGAGCCCUCAGCGCUGUCUGGCAGAUUGUUUGCUAUUUUUAGCCCCGGGAAAGGCACCAAAAUAUCCUACUCAAGUACAACUGCGGAUGUGUCUCCGAAAUCUGAAUGAGCUCAUUUUUAAAAUGUAAUGACGUCAUCCCCUGAGUAACUUUUUUAAAUUGGCGAUGUCUCAAGGAAGGAAAAGAUAUGGUGAUUUUUGAAAGCAUCAAAACAAACCAUGAUUAGAGAGUAGCAGCUGUUGGUGCUCAGACCAUUCCUCUUCCUCCACUAAGUGACUUGUUUGACUCCCCAUGUCAAGGACACGCACAGAGUGGGCUCGCCUUGUGUCCUCGUCCUCAUUUUAAAACCCAGCUUGCUGUAAUUCAAAUGUAUUGAAAUAAUAGUACUACUCAGUCAUUGCACUCUAAUAAACAGUAAUUGGAUACUGUUUAAUACUUGUAGGGGAUAUUAAUAUAAAGCAAUAUGGUAACCUGCAGCAGCCAUAUCAUUCUUUGAAGAGCGAGCUCAGUCUUUUAAAGGCUUACAAAAGUACAGUGAUUUUUAUCAAGGUCAUAUUUUAAUAAGUUUGUCUCUGUAGGAUGAGAUUCACUUGUCCAUCAGCAGAGAGUGUUUUCCUGGUAUGAAUUGUUGCCAAUGUGUUUUAAUGAUUGAUUCCUUUUAGUGAAUAAAAGCUGUUUUAUGAUGUGUGAGGAAUUGUUGCCCCGUGUCAGUGAAGGCCCGUGUCCGUCUCCAAAUAUAUGCUGCACCACUUGAAGUACUUUGGUUGAAUAUAAACAAUAGAGAUGUGUGGAUCCGUCUGGUUCCUGCGCUUUUUCCUUUCUGAGCUGUGAUCUUCUUCCACGGGAAUGACGGGAGACUUUUGUGGUUUUUGUGUUUCUGAACCAUCUAGAUUAUUGUUGAUUUUCAUUGUAUUUCACUUUGCCUCCAUGGGGCUGUUUUCUUUUAUGAUAUGUUGAUGUAACGUCAAUACUUGAAAGUGUAAAACUGCUGAAUAUUUGGCCUCAGGCUGCGUGUGGAUGUCCAUCGGUUGUGGAAGUAUUUUGGUAGUGCACUAGAGUCUUGUUUUUUUGUUUUGGUUUCAUUUCAAAUAUUCUUUUUUAAUUGAAUGUUUUGUCCACUCUUGCAUUUUGUAUUGUCUGAACUACUAUUAUUAUAUUAUUAUUAUUAUUAUUAUUGGUGUGAUUUCACCCUUGAUAAGUACAUUUUGUCUCCGAGUUAAAGCGGCAUACGUGGAGGUGUGCAUUAGUAACGCGGUAUUUUCUUUGCUUGUUCUCUUACAUCUACUUGAACAUAAUGUCCAUGUAUUUCUGUCUUGAUUCCUUCUCUCUUGGCAGUGAGCAGUGGCUACUCAGCGCUCCAAUGUUGUCCAGGAGACUCCUCCCCUUUUCCCUUUUGCACUGGUUCUGCCCAGACGCCUUUCUUGCGGUGUAGGCUACAACUGCCGAUGCAAUGAGCGGCCAGAAAUGGUUUAAUAAAAUCUAUGAUGGCACAGUGUUAA